AUGAGCAAAGACGAGUUUAUCCUCCCCAAAGAUUUCCCCAAUCUCCAAAAUGACACGUUCCUGAGAGCAGCUCGUGGAGAAGAGACGGAGCAUGUGCCGGUGUGGUGCAUGAGGCAGGCAGGACGCUACCUCCCAGAGUUCCGAGAGUCCAGAGCUGGAAAAGAUUUCUUUGAUACAUGUCGCUCACCAGAAUCCUGCUGUGAGCUUACUUUGCAGCCUUUGAGACGUUUUCCAUUUGAUGCUGCCAUCAUCUUUUCUGACAUUCUCGUGGUUCCACAGGCUCUGGGCAUGGAGGUGCAGAUGGUGCCGGGCAAAGGGCCCUCGUUCCCUGACCCCCUGAAGGAGCCGGAGGAUCUACAGCGGUUACGUCCAAAAGUGGAUGUGGAGAAAGAGCUGGGAUACGUCUUCAAGGCCAUCACUCUGACCAGACACAAGAUCGAAGGGAAAGUGCCUCUCAUCGGAUUCACUGGAGCGCCUUGGACUCUCAUGUCCUACAUGAUUGAAGGCGGUGGAUCCAACACUCACUCCAAGGCCAAGCGCUGGUUGUACCGACACCCAGAGGCCAGUCACAUCCUGCUGAGGAGGCUCACGGACGUCAUCGUGGAGUAUCUGCUGGGACAGGUGGCUGCAGGGGCCCAGGCUCUGCAGGUGUUUGAGUCCCACGCAGGUAUUCUGGGGCCAGCUGAGUUCAAAGAAUUCUCUCUUCCUUACCUCCGAGACAUCGCCAAGCUAGUCAAAGAGAGGCUCAAAGAGACAGGCCGAGAUGUUCCCAUGAUCGUGUUUGCUAAAGACGCUCAUUAUGGGCUGGAGGACCUGUCCCAGUCUCACUAUGAGGUGGUGGGACUGGACUGGACCGUCGACCCACGAUCUGCCCGGGAGCGCACGGGGGGGAAGGUCAGCCUCCAGGGUAACAUGGACCCCUGCGCUCUGUACGCUCCAAAGGACCGUAUUUCAGAGAUCGUUCAGAAGAUGUUGGAGGGAUUCGGCACUAAAGGGUACAUCGCCAACCUGGGUCACGGCCUGUACCCGGACAUGGACCCUGAAAACGUGGGCGCUUUUGUGGAGGCUGUUCACAAACAUUCGAAACAGAUGAUUAAGCAGAUUUAA